UCUCGAAGCUAUUCUCACCUUGAUUAUGUAAAAGGGAAAAAAGCUUUAUUUGAUGUCUAGGAAAAUAUAUAGCAGGUGUUUGUUGUCGGAUGCACAGAUUCAAUAGUGGAAGUGACUCUCCCACUUUCUAACAUGUAACGCAGGGGAGUAUGUCGUGACGUCACGUCUGUAUUUCACAGGAGCCCGAGCUGCAGCAUAGACUUCAGCACCAAAGCGAGAGGACAGCUCCGGAUAAGCAGCGCGCGGACACUGGUUUAAUGCACGAGCGUGGACAGAGAAAAUACAGACACAGCGUCCAAUUUGCUCGGUCGGAAAUCACCCCAAAAUCUCAAAGUCAGCCAUUCUACCCUUCACUUAUAACCAAUAUCAGUUGAUUCACGGACAGUCCGGCAAUUGACAAAACAGCUGUUCUCACCCGUCACGCUUGUUGAUUACAGAGGCAGGCAAAGCAGGCGGGAAGAAGAACCACAGCCCGACCAGACCAGCUCUGACAUCUUCCAGAAACGCACCGUCUCUAACUUCCCUCACUGAUCAACCUAAUCACAACGGGAGAUGGAGAUCAUUAAAGUAGAUAAAGCAGACAAAGCACCCGAGCCGCAGCUGAAGGGCAUUGUGACUCGACUGUUCAGCGAGCAGGGCUUCUACCUGCAGAUGAAGCCGGACGGCACUAUAAAUGGGACCAAGGACGAGAACAGCGACUACACUCUGUUUAACCUCAUCCCGGUGGGGCUGCGGGUGGUGGCCAUCCAGGGGGUGAAGGCCGGCCUUUAUGCAGCCAUGAAUGGAGAGGGCUUCCUCUACACCUCAGACUUGUUCACAGUAGAGGCAAAAUUCAAGGAGUCUGUGUUUGAGAACUACUAUGUCAUCUACUCAUCGACGCUGUUCCGGCAGCACGAGUCUGGCAGGGCCUGGUACCUGGGCCUCAACAAGGACGGCAUUGUCAUGAAGGGCAACCGGGUGAAGAAGACCAAGCCCUGCUCACACUUUGUGCCCAGACCCAUCGAAGUUUGCAUGUACAAAGAGCCAUCGCUGCAUGACAUCGAGGAGAAGGGACGCUCACGUAAAAACUCAGGGACUGAGGCUCCCGCUCUCCUGAACGGAGGAGAAAAAGGGGUGGGGCAGAACUCCACAGUGCAGGAUGGUGGCUCAUAGCCUGCACAUCGCCCCACGUAUUUCUUACACCUUGUUCAACGACAACAACAACGACGAUAAACAACAACAACAAACAACAACAACAAAAAUAGAAGAAAAAAAAUACAAUUACGAAAUUCUUGCCUGUGAAAUAUUUUAGAAAAAAAUGGGAGAAAAUAUUUUUCAAUCAGGACAUUGAAUUGACAUUUUAUGCAAAAGCCUGAUAUGAGUGUGGCACCAGGGAGUUCGUCCUCCUCAUCAUGACAAUGUCAAUGUUUCAAAGUCAAGCUCUAAAAUAAGCUUUAAACCAUGGUAGUUCACACACGUUGAUUUUAUGAAUGUAACAGCACUUUCACUUACUACUUUGUGUUGUUAGAAUCAUGAAUAAGCAUUGUAUUGUAAUUGAUUUAGGGCGUUAUUCAAACAGAUCAGCUUUAGUCGACAUCCGCAUAGCAGUUGUUUUGGCGGUGCCGGAGGUGGAACUGCGUUAGAGCUGUCAAAUCGACAAGAGGCUCCUGGCAUUAUACCUAAAACAGACAUUGCCGUUUAAGAGCACUGGAAUGUGAGAUGUAAUUUACACCUCGAUUUGGCUGAUCCUCAAAAUGUUGUUUUAAAUUUGAGCGUCAUUAUUUCUAUAUAGCCUACGCUUUCUCGUUCUGAACUUGGGUGUGGCUUCGUGACAAUGAUCAA